AUACGGUCCGCUUAGAAACUUGUUUGCGAAUGCGUGCAAUAAAACCGAAAUUCAUAAUCCUAAACUGGUUUGGCUACAACGCAAACCGCCACGUUCCCGAAUCUUAGUGCCAUAAACAGAAAGAGGGAGAAUGGGACUGGAAGCCAACCACACACCGCAAGAUGAUCGCCGAAAGUGUCAGCAGGAUAGGAUCGUUCCGUCGCCUCCAACCAUUAUCGAGUGGCAUGCUGAGCUGCAAAGAUCGAAGCGACUUGAAAGCAAAAGGCUUACAGCUCACGCCGGACAUUGUUGUAGCGCCCAUCGGCAGCAGCAAGGCAAAAAGCGUCGAAAGGCAGCUAAAGCGCGGAAGGCAAAGAUAGUGCUUAAGGGUGAAAAGUUUGAAGAUCCUGAUCCGUACCAGUCGGCCGUCCGGAAGACCAACUAUGGCAAGCAGCGUAAGGAGAAGCUGAAGUUUGUCGGUGAAAAAUUCGUAGAUCCCGAUCCACAAGGAUUGGCCAUACGCAAGGCAAGCUGUACCAGUGCGACCAGUGGGACGACGAGUGACCGUGAAGUGUUCCAACAGUAUCGUACGCAACGGGCUGAAACCCAUCCUGCCACAGUGUACUUAGGUUACACCAAAGAGGCCAGCUACAUAACCGAAAUGCCCGAAACGGAGUGUAUGGAGCUGGACCAGGAAUAUACCAAGAACGACUGGCGGAGAGAUGGCCGAGCCGCGCUUUCACAAACCUUGGCAGUUGGAGUGAAGAAUGUACUGCUUCUUGGGUAUGGUAUGACGCUCGGGUUUCCCACUAUUGUUAUUCCGGCUAUUCAGGGUGGUGAUGGCCGAGAGCCGGCUCUUGAAGCGGACAUUACCCUGAGCAGAGACCAAAUAUCAUGGUUAAGUUCCAUCAACUUAAUCUGUGUGCCAUUGGGCAGCAUUUUCUCGGGUGCGCUUGCACAACCGAUUGGCCGGCGGAGAGCAAUGCAGUUGAUCAACAUUCCAAUUUUUAUCGCCUGGAUGCUGUUUCACUUUGCAAGCGAUGUGUCCUUCCUUUAUUGCGGUCUCGCACUAGCUGGGAUCAGUGGUGGACUCGGCGAGGCACCGGUUCUUACAUAUGUCGCCGAGAUUACGCAGCCACGAUAUCGUGGCAUUCUGGCUGCUACUGGUUCGACAUGCGUCAUCCUGGGAGUACUGCUGGAAUUCCUUAUGGGCAGUUUCAUGAAAUGGCGAACGGUCGCUUUCGUCAGUUCCGUGGUUCCCAUUCUUGCAGCUAUUCUGUUGUUCUUCAUUCCCGAGAGCCCAGCUUGGUUAGCGAGCAAGGGACGUUUGGAGGAAUCCCAAAGUGCUCUAGCUUGGCUGCGAGGCUGGACCACUCCGGAACAGGUUCACGAUGAGUUCAAAGAGCUUGAGCAGCAAAUGGCGAAAGACGCGGAAUUGCAGAAGGAUUUUACCCUCGUCGAUAAGGCGCGGCUCUACACCCGGCGUGCAUUUCUGCAGCCUUUCGGCAUCAUUCUGCUCUGUUUCUUCAUCGGCCACUUUUCGGGCAUGACCACGCUGCAAACGUAUGCUGUGCAGAUCUUUCACACUUUGAAAGCACCGAUCAACAAAUACUAUGCGACCUGUCUGCUGGGGUUAACGGAGCUUAUCGGAACGCUGUUCUGUGUGUUGCUUGUGCACUUUACCGGCAAACGGCCGUUGGUGUUCAUUUCGACCAUCGGUUGUGCCUUAUGCUUCUUUUUUGCGGCCAGCUAUGCCUACUUCCUGAACGAUAUUCCGGGUAGCUCGGUCCACAAUGUGGUGGCCAACGUGUCCUCCAUCAAGGCCGACAUAACUGUGAUACCGCUGCAGUCACGUGAAGUCAUUGCGGAGCUGACCAACAGUUCGGUGAUUCCCCUCCUCAAGGCAACGCGGAUGAUGAAGACCCAAAUGAAUGAAACCGUCGAGAAAUCGCACAUUGGCCUCUCUAACGCCAGCUCGAUCGAUGGUAUCGUGUACUCGGCCCAAAGCUUCAACAAUUACUAUCUCAACGAUAGUCUUAAUGAACCGAUCAACUUGACGAUCACGUAUGGUGAGUACAUUAAAUCGGCCAUCCCAAAGGAGAUCUUUGUGCCAUUGCCGCACGUGAACCAGAACAAAUUCGCCUGGGUACCGCUGACGCUGCUGCUUGGUAGUGCUUUCCUAACGCAUAUCGGCAUUCGCUUAGUACCGUGGAUCCUGAUCGGUGAGCUGUUUGCUCCGAAUGUGCGUAGCGGUGGCUCCGGACUGGCCGGCGGAAUUGCUUACAUUUUCGGAUUUAUUGCAAACAAAACGUUCCUGACGAUGCUGGCCACCUUCACGCUGCCCGGGACAUUCUGGAUUUACUCGCUGAUCACGAUCGUCGGUGCAAUGAUUCUCUACAAGGUGCUUCCGGAAACGGAAGGCAAGUCUCUGCAGGAAAUUGAAACAUAUUUCCUUCCUUCGGGUAAAAGCAUGGACACGAAAACCAGUGCCCUACCACUACCCGGUCCAAAGCUGUCCACUAGCAACGGAGUGCAACUGCAACCUGCUCCGCCACCGAUUCCACCGAAGCCAUACCCCUUGAAGGACGACAUCGAUCGAGCACGCAGGGUAUCACUAGUACCGCGCCAAAUGUCGCAAACCUCGCGCAACACAACCGUUUCCGAUUUUUCUAUUGCAUCGCAAAAUUCUCAGCACUCCUCAUCACAGCAUCCAUCCGAGUUAAGCCGAAGCUCUUCGCACAACUCGUACAACUUGGAAGAUGCUGAUGAUCAUUUCCAUGCGCAAGUUUUUCGGAAAAUUUCUGAAACCAACACAAUUGAGCCGGUUGCCACCUCCAUCAACGUAAUGCAUUCGCCCGAGCCUAUCCAACGGCCGGCAUCUGCUCAUAAAACAUCGUCAUUGGACAGAUCGGGUAAGUCUGGAUUCCCGGCGACUCCAGCUGAUUCGAAACCGGUUUUUAAGCAUAGCAUUGAGCAGCAGUUAUCGCACAAAACCCAACAAAUGACGCGCCCGGUUCGAGCACGUGCCAAACGUCCUCCACCAUCCCACGCGAUUGAUUUACAUUCCUGGGAAGGUAGCAAAAAGUUUGAGGAAUUCCUGCAACGUCAUCAGGACGUGGGUGUGUCGGAGAAGCCGAAAAAGGUGCGCGACCCAAUUCGGCACGUUACCAGUGCACAUGAGCUGAAAGCAUUUGAUGGAAGCAAACGCAAGGGCAGUAUUCCUGGUGGAAACAUGCUACAAGAUCGAAAGAUGUUCAACAGCUCAACGAAGCUGACCCCGACAAUCGUAGUAAAUGAUGUCGAUGAUGAUCGAGAUACCGAAGGGGUUACUAAUGCCGCAUUUCAUCUUAGUUCCAGCGAUGAAUCCACAGAUAUGUGAGAUCCUUCGGCCAUCGUGCAUCACAUUUUUAUUGCGAUUCCGUUUUGAUCCCACAACGCGCCCAAUAUGACGGAAAGCGUAACUUAAUGAAAGGCACACUUUUGAGCUUAA